AUGUCAAUAUAUUCUACGCCGUUGAAAAGCAAUUGGAAUGGCAAUGCAAACUUUGCCAACCCGUCUGCCAAUGUCAACGGGCUACCGAUGAAUGGAAUUGGCAAUACCUCUUUGGUGCCUCAACAACAAGGAUCAGACGGUACUAUAGGAACGUACGGUGCUAAUAUGACAAACGUAAUUUCAGGUUUAAACGGCAACACAGUAAACCCACUGAACUUUAAUGCUUCACAUGAGCAUAUUAAGGUAACGGGUCUUGGUGCUGCAAAUCCUCUGAAUCUUGCCUCUCAAUACAUUGAUCAUUUGUUGCGUCGUGACAUUAGUACCCCGGUACUGGAUGAAAGAUCGUACUACAAUAAUGGGGUUAACUACAAUUUUUCCAAGGAAGUUGGUGGAUUAGGCCCAUUUACUCCGUUUGAAAGACUUAAUGUGAUUAACAUACCAGAUGAAAUUUUGCAGCAAGUAUCUACUGCUGAAAUCAAAACAAAUAUGGGUUUAUUUCCCGAUAUUGAACGUUGUUGGAUCACUGUUGAUAGCAAGUUGAUCCUCUGGCAUUAUAAUAACCCUUCAGAUUUCCAAUCAAUAGAUGACAUCAAGCAUACCAUAUUACAAGUUGCCCUAGUGAAACCGAAACCUGAUACAUUCGUGGAAUCAAUCAACCACUUGUUAUUGAUAACAACUCCUUUUGACAUAUACAUACUCGCAAUUUCUUAUGACAGAAUCAGCGGCUCGUUCAAUAUCUUCAACACAGGGAUGAGCGUUUCUGUUCAUGGAUUGGAUGUACAUGAAAUCGUUUAUUAUGAGAAAACAGGACAAAUCUUCUUUUCUGGUAACAGCAAUGGGACCAACAUUUGGGAACUUCAAUAUUCAUCUUCAGAAGAUUGGUUUAACAAUAAAUGCAGCAAACUUUGUUUGACACAGUCUGCUCUUUUGAGUUUACUCCCCACAAAUAUUUUCUCCAAGAUUCCAGGCUCGGCACUUGUACAAUCUUUAUUUGAAGAAGAUUCAAAGUAUGCACAAGAAUACAUUACACAUUUGACUGUAGACCAAUCGCGUGGUAUUUUGUACUCAUUAUCAUCAAAAUCAGUCAUCCGAGCUUAUAAGAUUAAUGGUAAAUCCUUAGAUGGACCAACUACAAUCGAACCCUCUUAUAUUAAACGUAUCAUGGGAACGACUCCGGCUAGAGGAGCUGCUAUCUUGGGUAACAAAUAUUUGAAAAUAGUUAAAGUAGAGGUGGUUUCGAAAGAAGAGAAUAACAAUUUAUUUUUGGUAGCUAUCACAAUUGGCGGUGUUAGGUUAUAUUUCAAUGGUUCUGUUAAUUCUGGUAGCGUAGAAGCUUUAAGAUUAGAAUCCAUCAAGUUCCCACCAAGUUCUGUCAGUCCAGAAACCAUAGAAAUUGAGUUACAACAGCAGCAGCAGCAACAAACUAGAAAACUUACACCCUUCUAUUCUUCCCUCAACAGUAUGGAAUCUGUACAGUUGAAAUACCAGAAAAAAUCGUCAGUGUUACUUGAAAGCUCGAAAGCUUCGUCAAUUAUUUCACCUGGCAUUUUCUUUUCUGCUGUUACAAAACAUCCAGCGGAACAAACAUUGGGAACUAUGGGAACACCUGUAGCAACUGUUCAAAACACUCCAAUACAACAUAAGCUCUUUGUCAGUGUACCAGAUUAUGGUAUUUUGAAGAAUCACGGUCGCUACGUCGAAAAUUCUGUAUUUUUGGAUACCACCGCCCCAGUAAGAGAAGUUAUCCCCAUAUCCUCUUUGUUCAACGGUGCCAAUAAGCCAGAGGGCUAUGCCAAUGCUUUUGCAACUCAGUACAGUGUAGAACCAUUGAAGGUUGCCGUUUUAACAAAUACAUCUGUGGAAAUCUAUAAAUACCGUAACCCAGACCAGAUCUUGGAGUCCUUAAUUAACAACCCGCUGCCCUUCAUUGUAAAUUAUGGGUUAGUCGAAACCUGCUCAUCUGCUUUAUUUGUCACUUGUAAAUUCAAUAAGUCAGAGUCUUUGAGAUCCAAUGCGUUAACUCUUUUCACUGUAGGUAUACCUAAUGUUGUGGAAAUCAAACCAACAUACAACAAAUACGCGAACAGUGCGGUAUCAACACUACUAGGUAAACCAUCACUGAAUUUGAUGACCCCACAAAAAAGCUCUACUGAAUUAAGCAAAACUGCCAAUACUCUUUCGACACCAAAUGUAUCUGGUGCAAAUAAUUUCAACCUUGAUGAUGUCAUCUUGUCCGCUAGAUUCUACGGUACCGCUCUGUUGAUUGCCAGAUUAUUUAGAGACAUAUGGGAUAAAGAUAUUUUCCAACUCGAUCCCCAUGUAAAAAUUAAUCCGGAUAAUUCAGUGAUGAAGAGUUCAAUUAAAGGUGAUAAUAUUAUUACAAAAAUCGUUGUAUCAAGAGGUGAUAUCGAAUAUUAUCUAUCCUCAGUAAUGAUUUUAAACGAGUUCUUCCAAUCAUAUGGUAAUUCAAUUACAACAAUCACUAAUAUUUCUCCAAUUAAUGGAGAAAAGGUGGUGGAUAAAGGAGAAGAUGUUGCGCAUCAGGCAGAAAAUGUUGCUAUGAACGCAGUUAUCAAACUCCUUCAAUCCAUAAAGGAGUCACUUUCAUUUUUGAACGUACUAUUCGAAGAGAGUGAAGUAGAUGGUUACGAAGGGCAAUACUUAGCAUUUGUUGACAUUAUGAAGUACUUGAAUUUCGAUAUUCAAUACGACUUAAGCAAGUUGAAAUUCAAGGAUAUUUUCAAUCCCAAUGAACAAACCAAAAAUUUAAUAAGAGAGAUUCUCUCCUCAAUCAUCAACAGAAGUAUUACAAAAGGUGGAUCUAUUGAAUACAUCGCUACUGCACUUCAAGAACGCUGUGGAUCGUUUUGUUCCACCGGUGAUGUUCUUGGCUUUAGAGCUGUCGAGCACUUGAGAAAAGCAAAAGAAAUAGGACUCAGAGAUCAAGAAACACUCAACUAUCACCUAACCAAUGCAGCAAAGUUAUUUGAAAGAAUAGUUGAUGAUGUGUCUUUAGAUAAGAUAAAAGAGGCUGUAGGUAUCAUGUUGGAACUUAAUUACUACCCAAAAACCGUCGAAUUUUUGUUGAAUAUUGCCAAUGCGAUGGACAAGGGUAAAUUGGCACUUCAAUAUGUUGCAGAUGGAUCUUUGGAACACGAUGAAAGGAAAAAAUACUACAAUGCUAGAGUUUCGAUCUAUGAAAUUGUGUUCGAAACUUUAAUCAAAGUUGACCAACUAGCUGCUCUGCCUGAAAAUGUUAACAAUCAAGAUAUUCAAAAAACCCGCGAUGAGGUUUACAACGUUACUUUAAAAUAUAACGACAAAUUAUUCCAUUAUCAAAUGUAUGAUUGGUUGGUACAGCAAAAGUCUGAAGAAAAGCUUCUUCAGCUAGACUCAGAUUUUAUUCUACCAUACUUAGAAGAAAAAGCAGCGAAAUCCCUAGAAAUUUCCAAUCUUCUUUGGGUUUACCAAUCCAAAAGAUCGCAUUUCUUGGAAGCAGCUCAAAUUCUGUAUUCAUUAGCUAUUUCGGAUUUCGAUAUUCCUCUACAAAACAGAAUUGAGUACUUGUCAAGAGCUAACGUUUUCUGUAAUGGAGUCUCUCCGCCAAGCCAAAGGCAAGCCAUGAUUCAAUUAUCUGGCAUGAUAAAAGAAGUUGUCGAUGUAGCAAGCAUUCAAGAUGAAAUUGUCCGUGCUCUCAAGGAUGACCUCAGGAUUGAUUCGACUGUCAGAAAUGAAGCCUUGCAACAACUUGAAGGCAAAAUUUUGACCGUGACUGAACUUUAUAAUGACUUUGCCGCACCAUUGAGUUAUUAUGAAAUUUGUCUGCUCAUUUUCAAAGUCAGUGACUUUAGAAAUCAUGAGGAAAUCAUAUCGAAAUGGGAAGAGCUUUUCAGUUCUUUCAAGGAACAUUUAUCAGAGAACAAUGCUACGGAUGAACUGGAAAAAAGCACUACUUUCAUUAGUCUAGCAUCAUCAACAGUGAUUCGUGUUGGUAAGAAUGUACGUACCAGUGAAUUUGUGUUCCCAGUUGUUGAUUUAUUCCCACACAUCUGUAGCCUAAUAUAUGAGAACCUUCCAAAAGAACACAUCAAAGCAGGUUCAAUUGCAUCUAUUUUCAUCCAAGCUGGCGUCUCAUACGACCGAAUGUACCAUGUUCUCAAAGAUUUAAUUGAAACAACUACCAGCUCCAACGAUAUUUACGAACAAGAGAUGGUUUGGCUGAUUAAAGAAUGGUAUCACUCUGACAGAAAAUUGAGAGAUUUGAUACCACUAGAAGAAAUUCGUUCCUUCGACAAGUAUUCAAUUGAAAAUGACCCAUUGGAAAAUUACAAAAAGCGCACAGGUGAUAGUGUGUUUUGA